GUGGCUUCGGCGGAGAGAAGCUUUUCUAAAUUAAAGUUGUUGAAAAAUUAUCUAAGAUCUUCGAUGUCUCAAGAAAGGUUGAAUGGUUUAGCUAUUUUGUGCAUCGAAAAGAAUAUAUUGGAGAGCAUUGAUUCUGAAACUAUUAUUCAUGAUUUUGCGUCGACUAAAGCUCGAAAAAAUCGUAUCGAGUGAUCGUUUAUAUCUUUUGGGAAUGACUACUGGUUAUUGUUUUAUUUUCAGGUUCAAAAGGAUGUAAAGGUCUAUAUUCAUGGAGAUGGAAAAGCUACAAAAAUCUUACAAGACGUCAAGGCUAACAAGAAACAGAGGAGAGCACAAAGUUUACAUUUGUUGCUUUGUCUAUGUGAACGUUGUUUUUUUGUUUUUUAUUUGUGUAAACGCUUUUUUUUUUUAUAUAAUAGGACUCUGUUUUUGUUUUUGUCAAUUUGCCCCGGGGUCUAUCAAAAGCUCAAGCCGGCACUGUUGACAUGAUCACAUUAUUUUUUCUACCAUUGUCAAAAAAGAAGAGAAUGCCACUUAGUCCAUACCCACUGAAAUAUCUAUGACACAAAGGCGUGCUCAACAAAGCAAGCAUGAAACCAGUAUUAAUAUGGUUUGUGUACGGUCUGGCCUCUUGGCUGCCAACCAGCUGAUAUGCUUACCUCCCUCGGGGGUCAGCUGGUGUCCUCUUGGCCCUUGGAUUUGUUGGAAUCUGUGGAAGACCAGGAAUCAAAAGGUGUUCAGUAAUCGUUUCUUUUCGGCGCAGGAGACAUGCCUUAAGGCGAUUGUUGAUGCUAAAGAGUGGAGUCAUGCUCAGCAAAAGACUUUCGGGGAUCCUCCUCUUUCAGCCCCAGCGCCUACUAGGGUUUGCCAUCCUCUGGUUUGGCAUGGUGUGUCCUGCAGGUCUGAUGCUGCUUGGCGGGCUGAUUUAAAAGUGGCAGGGCUUGGAUGGGUUUCUUCUUCCACGGAGGCUGGUACCACCUCUUCCGUCUCUCACUCUGCAAUUUGUGAGAAUGUUUCUUCACCUCUUAUGGCCGAAUGCUUGGCCGGUAGAGCUGCAAUUCUGGAGGCAGUCAGUUCAGGAGUGGAUCACUUCCCGUUGGAGUCUGAUUGUCAACAACUGGUCGGAGCAAUCAACUCUCGAUCCGUUAUUUUGGAAAUUCAUGGCGUAUUGGCGGAUAUCUUUAUUAGUAUAAGCUCGUUCUCUAGUUUCCUUUGUCGGUUUAUUCCUCGGUCAUCUAAUGUUGUGGCCGAUACCUUAGCUAAGCAUUGUCUCAGUUUUUAUGGUCAGAACAUUGGUUGAGCUUUUAUAAUAUAUUUG